AUGGAAAAUGACCCCGAGUUGGAGCAGGUGAUCUGCAAUGCUCUUUCCCUACAAGAUGACUAUCCUGACCUUUAUCGGCCUACAAGUCAUUGUGACAAGUCACUGGGCAGCCCUGAGACAUUUCCUGAACUUCGCUCAGAUGUGGAAAUACAAUUGCCUUCGAAGAACCCGAACAUCCUUCAGGAAACGCUAGUGGAACUGUAUUCAAUUCUCGGGAUCCCACACGAAGGCCAGAAGUGUAACACAAUAGUUACUAUCAAGCAAGAGGCGCCCACACCAGCCACAUGCAUCCAGGAUCAGCUUCAUGUCGCAAGUCAAACCACUGCCGGGUUUAAAAGGCCUUUCACUGCGGAGGAACUAGAAAGUUCUAAGAUGAUCCGGGGUGACGUAGAAAAUCAGCUUCCGUCAACUUCAAGUCAAAAGUGUAGAAAAAGAACUCUGUACAAUAAGCAACAAAGCCUCUUUCUUCAAAAACAGUUCAACUUCAAUCCCUAUCCAGACUAUGUGAGCAGAUGCUGCUUCUCACAGAUAACCGGGAUCCCAGAGCCCAGAAUACAGGUCUGGUUUCAGAAUCGAAGAGCAAGAUAUCUUACGAAACAUCCCAAUUCCCAGGAAACUGAAAAUGCCUUAACAUGGCACGGCUGGUGCACAUGCACAAGCGCCACCUGGUCGACAUUUCCUACUGGAAAGUCACCGGACAUCACCAGUGAGAGACCCCGACGGGUCGGAGAUUUCGACCGAACACCGGAUCACUUGUACAGUAGCCUGCUCGCCAGCCCCAACCCCCCUGGUACCUACCCACCAUGGUCCGCCCCUCCCCUUCCCUCAAAGGUCCAUCCCCUCAUGGUCACCUUCACCGCUGUGGUUUUCGGGCUCUUCUGGAGGGCCCGGGACCACAGCAAUAAUUUCAGGAUGGAGAGCGGAGACCGGAGAUCGUCCAUUCUCUGCUCUGCUCUCUGA